AAAACAACCCCGACUGUUAUCUUGAAGCACACGGCUUUUAUUCGUGGCAGCAGGGUAUCUCGACCCCAGUUUAUCUUCUUACCCCACAAAGUUAUCUGGCAGGGUAUUAGGGAUGUAUUUAAGCGGCAGUCUCAGGACUGAUCUCUCUGUCAACCAUCAUUAUGUCGCUCAAUGAAAAGGAUAGCAUCACUCCGGCUGAUUCGUCUGACGUUGAACUCGGCCAGAGCAAAGAUGUUGGCGAGGAAUUCGAGAUCUUUGGCCAGGGAGAUGGCGAUGUCAACUUUCGCACCGUCGAGUGGGUGCAUGCGUCCAUGAUCUUUCUAAAGAUCAUCUUUGCAACCGGUGUCCUCUCCAUCCCAUCUGUCAUGUACGAUUAUGGCGCUGUCCCUGGUUCAAUUCUGCUGGUCUCCUGGACGGGAUUGAAUGGAUAUACAGCCAUCAUCCAAGGCAACUUUCGCAACCAACACCCGGGAUGCCAUUCGAUUGGCGAUAUGGCGCAGAUCCUCGGUGGUGUUCCUCUGCGAGAACUGGCUGGGCUGCUCUUUGUUGCUAGUAAUGUGGUCUGCGCUGCAUCGGGGAUUAUCGGUAUUUCUGCUGCUCUCAACGCACUGUCUGUCCAUGCUGCCUGCACUGUCUGGUGGUCAUUGAUUGCCACUGUUGCCGUCUUCUUCCUGGCGAGUGUGCGCAAGUUCUCGCAUAUCAGUUGGCUGACCUGGGUGGGAUUUCUGACCAUCUUUGUUGCGGUGUUGAUUGUGGUAAUUGGCGUCACUCUGAAUGAUCGACCAGCUGCUGCUCCUGCCGGUCCGUACGAACUCGGCUUCAGAAUCGUUGGCAAUCCAGCCUUUAUCCCCGGCAUCUCAGCCUCGUUGAACAUGUUCGUCUCGAGUGCAGCCACGUCUGCCUUUCUGCCCGUCAUUUCAGAAAUGAAGAAACCGAAAGACUACAAUAAAGCCGUGUUUCUGUGCAUGGGCUUCGUGACAGCCGCCUAUCUCGCCUUCACGAUGGUCCUGUAUUACUGGUGCGGACAGUGGAUUGCCUCUCCAUCACUGGGCAGUGCUGGCCCAACCGUCAAGAAGAUCGCAUACGGCGUUGGCCUGCCUGGCCUGCUGAUCAGCGGCUGUCUGUACGUCCAUGUUGCGUCGAAAUAUCUCUUUGUGCGCAUCCUGCGCAAUUCGGUCCAUCUGCAGCGCAAUUCCUUCGUGCACUGGGGCACCUGGCUGAGCUGCACCGCCAGCCUGUCGAUCGUGGCGUUUAUCCUGGCCUCGGCGAUUCCAAUUUUCAAUUAUAUCCUGGCGCUGGUGGGCAGUUUGUGUUUUGCGCCGUUGGCGAUCAGUCUGCCGGGGCUGUUGUGGCUGUAUGAUCAUGGGCAUAAGCGGAGGGGAAUAUAUAACAUCACCAUGUAUGGGAUCCAUGUGUUCAUGGUGGUGCUGGGCCUAUUUAUGACGGUCAGUGGGACGUAUUCGGUGAUCAGCCAGAUCCAAGAGGCGUAUGCUGGAGGGCAGAUCGACUCGGCGUUUUCGUGUGCGGACAAUAGCGGGACUGUUUGAUGUAUAUGAAGCUAUCCACAACAGAUAAUAACCAUCAAAAUGAACCAUCAAAUAAUCCCAAAAAACCCUCCAAAUAACUUGGAAUAACCUGAAAUUAAAUGAACCCUGCAAUACACUGCCCUCACCGGUUAAUUAAAAGAACCAGCCAGACCAACGG